UAUAUAUAUAUAUAUAUAUAUAUACAAUUGAAAUAUACGCGUAUGUAAAUUUUGCAUUGUUCAGUGCUUCAUUUAUAAAAUUCGAUCAACAUUAAAAGUGAUUUUAAUGUACGCGAUGUGCUGUCACAAGUGAAAAAAUUGAAUAGUGUCUGUCUAUGUGUCCAUUAAUUCAGCGGAGUCGCUAGUUUGCUAAUUUAAAACGAAUAUCAAAAAGUAAAGAAGGAAAUUCACUUUGGGCUAAAAGAGAAAUUGGGGAAAAUACAAUAAAACCUCAAAAUAAAUGAAACAUCCGCACAUCCGCAUACUGUUCUGGUAUACAUAGGUGUAAAAAUAAUACAAUUGAAGUGAUAAGUAAAAAGAGAAAAAAUCCAAUUGCAGCAAGUAGCGUCGUCAGUUUGCUUGCUUUCGACAAAUGUAAAAAAUUCUUGUGCUAAUUUGGUUCGAAGAUCUAAAUGUGGCAGGCAUAUCUAUGUAGAAGCAUUCAGUGCUCUAAAGUUUUAAAGUAAACGAAUAAGCAAAAAUUUAUAAUAGUAUCCCCAAUUUCCCAUGUCCAAUCAAUAUACCUACAGCUUAAAAGAAGAAAAAGCUAUUCGAUAGUCAGUAAGUGAGUGAGUGUGUGAAUGACUAAGUGCCGACGAAAGAGUGAGGUGAGCGUGACAGUGUUGGCAAGAGAAAAAGCCAAACAGCUUAAUAAAUUCAGUAAAAAAUUACAACGCGUUUAUUUACAAGGCAAAAAAAGAAUCGACGACUUUACCGCCGUCAUCGAAGAAUACGCCAUAAAACAACAAUAAAAGGAAUAAAAUAUACCAAAAUACCCAGUUUAAAUCCCAAUAAAAAGUGGCUAAUAAGUGAUGGCAUUAGCGCGUAAAUUAACCGAAAGAAUAUAUGAGAUAAAAGCACAUAAUGGCAACGUCACUUGUUUGGAUGUUGGUGAAACAGGCCGUGUUUUAGUUACCGGUGGCAAUGAUCGCAAUGUCAAUUUGUGGGCAAUAGGACAAACAGAAUGUUUUAUGUCAUUGACGGGCCACAACCGACCCAUAGAUUGUGUUCGUUUUGCCUACAAUGAUGACUUUGUAUAUUCUGCUGAUGAUAUAGGUAUCAUCAGGCGGUGGGAUCUAAAUGCCCAAACAAUAUGCUCCACACUGAAUGGUCAUAUGAAAAGUGUGAGGACCUUGGAUUUCAACCCGUCAGGAGAAUAUGUUGUGUCCGGAAGCAAUGACACCACAGUAAGGCUUUGGGAUGUCCGAAAUCAAAACAAUUGCAUGAAAAUCUAUCGUGGACACAUCUCGCAUGUAAAUUCAGUGAAAUUCUCACCCGAUGGCCUGUGGAUUGCAUCUGCUGGUACGGAGGGCUCUGUCAUUAUCUGGGACAUACGAAAGAGCAAACAGAUUAUGGAAUUUUGUGAUAAGCCAGCUGGUGCUGCCAUCACUUGCAUUCAAUUUCAUCCAUUCGAAUUUCUGUUGGCUGUGGGCCGUGUCGAUGGCACUGUCAGCAUUUUCGAUUUAGAAACAAAACUGUGUGUUACGCGUACAGAUGCCACAAGUCUAUUUUAUGGCCAUCCCAUUAAGUGUAUAACUUUUAGUGACAAUGGCGAAUGUUUGUUUGUCGGCACUGCAGCGGCUAUUUCGAUUAUUGGUUGGGAACCAGAUCGCGAAUUUGAUCAUAUACAAUCAGCAUGGACAGCAUUGGGUGAUAUGAAAAUUGUUAAUAGGCGAUUGAUAUGUGGCUCGCAUGAACAGGAGUAUGUUAGCAUUGAUGCUCUUAGUGUAAAUCGUGUUUUUCCGUUUUACAAUCCAUCCAAUAAUACAACACCUGCCUUUAGUCACAAUUCCACAACUCGCAAGAGUUUUUCGAGAGGCAAUCAGAAGCUGCGUCUAUCGAUUGGUGGAACAAAACCGUCCCGGUUGGUUGAGGAGAAUGAAGAAAACCGUAGUCCUAGUUUAGAUGGUCACUCUUCGCCGAAUCUUAGUCUAGAGCUGGUGGAUGAAAACCCCCUUGAGAAUGCCAUACAUUCGCCUAUGUUACCAAAUGCUAACACUCAUCCUCUCAAUAAUGGACAUCAUGGCAAUCAUUCUGUGAAUAGUAAUUUUACAGAUUUCGAAAAUAGUUUCACCUCCAUGAGUGGCAGUAGUGUUAGCAUCAAUGUACCCUUAAAGAAGACGGCAUCGCCGUCCCCGUAUCACUAUCCGUCCAUAGCUUCUAGUACAGCCUAUAGCAGUUUAGGAGUUUUGAACUUCGAUGGACCCAGCUCAUUGAAAAUGCCCGGCGAACGAGGUGAUUUGUAUCACAAAUACGAUCAUUAUACAGAUCCGUUCAACCAGGAUAGUGAGAUAAAUUUUAACGAAAGUUUCCCGCCUGUUAUUAACAACUACGACAACACUGAAAUGGUGGAGGAUUUUCCCAUAAAUCAAGGCUCUACAAUACCGCCAGGAUCAGUGGCAAACUCAUCGACAGGACCAGCUAAUGGAGCCAGCAGCAAUUCGGUGAGUUCAACAACAAACUCCACACAUUUUGUCCAUCCACCACCAAAGAGUGUCAAAGCAACCGCAAAAACAACAUCACACAUAACAAAACGUACUACACAAGUGACGAGCGGCGGCGUCAAAACGAGUGCGUCCUCGACAUUUCAGCAACGCAACAAAUUGUCCCAAGUGUCGUCAGUAAGCACUACUGAACUGCACAAAAUGGACGACAAUAUGCUCAUUAAAAAGUCCGCUUCAUCACACAUUGUUGUAAAUAAGAACAAGGCACAUGUGAAUAAAGAGAAUGCACGCAAUAAGAAUAUCACCGUGCAAAUAAUAACUAAACCUCCGACACGAUCACGUACAUCGCUGGAGUUAAGGUCACCACAGAAACAGCACCAGUCCGCCGUAGCACAAAGGCAAACACAACGCAUUUCUAGUUAUACCAUGGAUAGUACUAGUAAUGGCUCAGCAAAUAUUCCUAUAAGUUAUCGCGCUGACCCGUCAUUACUUACCCACACCGGUUUCAACCAAAAAAGCUUUAAUAAUCGCAUGGACGAUGUGCCGGAGAUCGAAAUGCUGUCAGCAACACACGAACAAGUGUAUCAGGAGCUAAGUAAUCGUAAUGCAACAUUACAGAUUAUACGCAAUUCAACAAGAUCUCAUGACGUCCUUUCCGCCCUCCGCCAAGCCAUUAAAAUGGGUCGGACUAUUUUUGUAGAUCUAUUAGGGGCUAUAUUAGAAAAAACAUCAUCAUGGAAUUUAGAUUUAUGUAUUCUACUAUUACCGGAAAUAUAUGAACUUCUUCAAAGUCAACAUAAAUUUCAUUACACGAGGGCUUGUGAUACACUACGUGUUAUACUUUCAAACUUCUUGCCAAUUAUUCAGGAUAACCUUGAUCCAUGGGUUAAUGGUUUGGGUGUUGAUGUCAGUCGGGAGGAAAGGCAUCGUAAAUGUCUAGAAUGCCAACGGUGGUUGUUGCAGAUACGUAACUUGCCCGAGUCAAAUCAUUUUGGCAGUACACUAACGCAGCUACAGAAUAUGAUUGUUAAUAUUUAACCACAGCAUUACCGUCAGAAAUAACGCACCACCCACGCAACACAUCCCUAGUUUGUAUACUUAUUUAACUAUAUAUUAUAAUCUAUUGUCUUUAUUAUAAUCCAUAUACAACUUACAUCAAUUCCCCACAUUUGGCUUUAAAAAAAUGUCUGUGUUUAUUUCCUGUUUUUUUUUUUCAUUAAUUUUUGUUAAUUUAUUAAUACAAUUGUCAAAUAGAAGUAAAAACAAAAAAUAUAUACUCAAGCAGAGAAAAGUUUCAAAUGUUCUCGACAUAAAAUAAAUGGAGAAAAAAUGUCAUUUCAAUUUGGCUUAAUCUCAUCCAUGCUACUUCUUCCCAGUUAUCCCAUUUGUGAUUUCUUCAAUUGGUUAAUAAUAGCAGCUGCAGGCAGCAAAAUUUCAGUCAAAUUAACUGCUCUGUCCCUGUUUGGUUUUUGUUUGAUAGCAGUAAGCAACAACCACAAAACUGAUCUGAUUUUAUAACACCAAAACUAAUUUUAUGUAGAUGUUAUAGUUUAAUUUUUUUUAAAUAAAUAAAUUGUUGUUUUAGUUAUUGCAAAUUAACACAGUAGUCCCAAAUGAAAGCUAGAUUUUAGCUAUCCUAAGUUUUGUUUUUUAAGUUACGUAUGUACCUAGCUGUACUGUAUUUUGUAAUAUCAUUGGUUUUGUGAGCGUCGUAUAAUAUAAAGAUUUGUAUGCAUGCAUGUGUGAUUUUA